AUGAGGAUAUAUCUAUCCUGCGAGUGUCUUCUAACAUUGAAUGCAGCCUUGCUUUGUAUGACACCCUCAUCAGGCUCAUCGUUUUCAGCAGACACACCUGUUCAGGCAUUAUCUGACUUUGACAAAAACACCGAAAUUGUAAAAUACGAAGGAAGACAUAAUUUUGCAGUUUCACAUCGAAGACAUAAGUUUCAUCAUUUCAAGGAUUUAUCUUCGUCGUCUUUGAUAGAUUCAUCACCUUUUCUUGGAUCGUUGAAAGAACCCAAUAAAAUGAGUUCCAAAACACCUGUGUACAUCCUGGUGCUGUUGCCGAAAUCAACAAAUUACCUGUUCAGUAUUGAGCGGGUGUCCCCUGCCAUUGCCCUUGCUACUGAUAAUGUGACGUCUUCUCAGUUUUUGGCGCGUCAUCGCUUGGUGACGUUGUACGCAGAUUCCAUGUGUCAUAUUGCUGAAGCGAUGAAUGAGGCGAUUACUUUCUAUAUAAAAGGUAAAGUGCAUGCUUUCUUCGGACCGGUCUGUGACUAUUCCAUGGCACCUGUUGCUCGACAGGCAAAGUAUUGGAAUCUACCUGUGAUUACAAGUGGCGCCAUGGCGCGAGACUUCAGUGCGUCCAAGAAGACGUUGUACAGCACUCUGACCCGUGUGGGCUCCAGUUUCAACACACUCAUAGAGUUCCUGGUGACUCUCUUUCGGGAAUAUAAUUAUAGCAAGGUCAACCUAGUGUAUGAACCUAACGGUCAAGGCCAUAUCCUUGACAAAUUGUGUCACGUGAUGACGGAUGGGAUACAUAAUGCAUUUACAAA